AUGCUGGAUCUCCCGGAUUCUGGUGACGGGGCGCUGCCGAGAGAAUUUAUGGUUGCCCUUGAGAGACGUGCGGCAGUUGCAGUCACGGAUCUCAAUCGCACUCUGAAGGCGCACCAGGAGAGUCACAGCCAGCGCACUCACGGAGCGCUCGUUUUAGCUGUGGCCGCCGCGCAGCGUGUGGUGAAGUUGCUUGCGACCGUCAAGGAGCAGCAACCGCUGAGCCGUCACUCCGCUGCCGUUCCUGUCUCGCUACUUGUGCAGCUGGAGACUCACCGCAUCGCUAUUCGCCGUGUCCUUCCUGCGGCUGUGGCUGCGACGGAGACGAAGAGGUCGGAUGGCGCCGCAGAUACCGUCAACGCAUUGCGAUCGCUGCUUCACACACGCUCGCUUUUGAAUUUGGAGCUACGCAAGGUGCAGGGGGCCGUGGACGAACUGGCGGGGAGCUCCGUGCCAUUGGAAAUGCUUCAGGGCACCCUGCAGGAUGUUAACGCGACAGUCGAAGUAGCGCAGCGCCUGGUGCGGAAGUUGUUGUCAGUGAAGUCUAAGGAUGAUCUUGUGCUGCGUAUUUCAGUUGCCAUUUUUCUCAUUGCGGUUGCAUAUAUUCUUGCACAACGCCUCUUUGGGUUCUUUCCAACGCAAAUUUGCUGA